GAGUUAGGACGUUACAGCUCCUGACAGACAGAGCGCUACAGACUACACGGCUGCUGCUGCUGAUGUAAAAGUUAGGAGAACUCCGGUGUCGUUUAUUUUAUUUUAUUCCAUUCCGUCCGUACGUAAUUAAACACACAUAUCGGGUUUGAACACGGGUGUUUUGACAGAAGUGGCAGCGGAGGAGUCGCAACACUUUAACGAGGUUUUUUUCCCCUUCUUCUUCUUCUUCUCUCCCUUCACAUUUUUUCAAGCCACAUCCAUAAAGGGUCAGCAUGGCCCAGUGGAACCAGUUGCAGCAGUUGGAGACGCGCUACCUGGAGCAGCUGUACCAUCUGUACAGUGACAGCUUCCCUAUGGAGCUCCGCCAGUUUCUUGCCCCCUGGAUCGAGAGUCAGGACUGGGCGUAUGCAGCCAAUAAGGAGUCUCACGCCACGCUGGUGUUUCAUAACCUGUUGGGAGAGAUCGACCAGCAGUACAGCCGCUUCCUGCAGGAGAACAACGUCCUUUACCAGCACAACCUGAGACGCAUCAAGCAGCACCUGCAGAGCAAGUACCUGGAGAAGCCCAUGGAGAUCGCUCGCAUCGUCGCACGCUGUCUGUGGGAGGAGCAGAGACUGCUGCAGACCGCCACUACUGCUCAGCAAGAUGGCCAGGCCGCUCAGCACAGCGGGACAGUGGUGACGGAGAAACAGCAGCUCCUGGAGCACAGACUGCAGGACAUCAGGAAGAAAGUGCAGGAUAUGGAGCAGAAAAUGAAGAUGCUGGAGAACCUGCAGGAUGACUUUGAUUUCAACUACAAGACUCUGAAGAGCGCAGGCGAGCUGUCCCAGGACCUGAAUGGGAACAGCCAGGCUGCAGCCACCAGACAGAAGAUGGCCCAGCUGGAGCAGAUGCUGAGCGCCCUGGAUCAGCUCAGGAGGCAAAUCGUGGCUGAUAUGGCAGGGCUGCUGCAGGCCAUGGACUUUGUGCAGAAGAAUCUGACUGAUGAGGAGCUUGCUGAUUGGAAGAGGAGACAGCAGAUCGCCUGCAUCGGAGGACCUCCCAACAUUUGCCUGGACCGGCUAGAGACAUGGAUCACGUCAUUGGCCGAGUCUCAGCUACAGAUCAGGCAGCAGAUAAAGAAACUGGAGGAGCUCCAGCAGAAAGUCUCGUAUAAAGGAGAUCCCAUAGUUCAGCACCGCCCUGCCCUGGAGGAAAAGAUCGUAGACCUCUUCCGCAAUCUCAUGAAGAGUGCGUUUGUGGUUGAGAGACAGCCGUGUAUGCCAAUGCAUCCCGACAGACCUCUGGUUAUAAAGACAGGAGUUCAAUUCACCAAUAAAGUUCGGUUACUGGUGAAAUUCCCAGAACUAAAUUACCAGCUGAAAAUCAAAGUUUGCAUCGACAAGGAGUCUGGAGAUGUUGCAGCCAUUCGAGGGUCACGCAAGUUCAACAUCCUGGGCACGAACACCAAGGUGAUGAACAUGGAGGAGUCCAACAAUGGCAGCCUGUCCGCUGAAUUCAAACACCUGACUCUGCGAGAACAGAGGUGUGGCAACGGUGGCCGAACCAACAGCGACGCCUCUCUGAUAGUCACCGAAGAGCUUCAUCUGAUCACCUUUGAGACAGAGGUUUACCACCAGGGCCUUAAAAUCGACCUCGAGACACACUCUCUCCCUGUUGUAGUCAUUUCUAAUAUCUGCCAGAUGCCCAACGCCUGGGCAUCCAUUCUGUGGUACAACAUGCUGACUAACCAUCCCAAGAAUGUGAAUUUCUUCACGAAGCCUCCAGUGGGUACAUGGGAUCAGGUGGCUGAAGUUCUGAGCUGGCAGUUUUCCUCCACAACCAAGAGAGGCCUGACUAUUGAGCAACUCACCACACUGGCUGAGAAACUGCUUGGGCCUUGUGUGAACUACUCCGGUUGCCAGAUCACUUGGGCCAAGUUUUGCAAAGAGAACAUGGCAGGAAAAGGGUUCUCAUUCUGGGUUUGGUUGGAUAACAUCAUUGACUUGGUGAAGAAGUACAUCCUAGCUCUGUGGAAUGAGGGAUAUAUCAUGGGCUUCAUCAGUAAGGAGAGGGAGAGGGCCAUCUUGAGCCCAAAGCCACCUGGGACAUUUCUGCUGCGUUUCAGUGAGAGCAGUAAGGAGGGAGGCAUCACAUUCACCUGGGUGGAAAAAGACAUCAGUGGUAAGACACAGAUCCAGUCAGUUGAGCCGUACACUAAGCAGCAGCUGAACAGCAUGUCCUUCGCCGAAAUCAUCAUGGGCUACAAGAUCAUGGACGCCACAAACAUCCUGGUGUCUCCACUCGUCUACCUUUUCCCCGACAUCCCUAAAGAGGAGGCCUUCGGGAAGUACUGCCGGCCAGAAGCCCAGCCUGAUGCGGAAAACGGGGAUUUCACCGGAUGUAUCACUCAGCCGUACCUGAAGACUAAGUUCAUCUGCGUCACCCCGUGUCCUUCCAUCUUCAUGGACCUUCCGGACAGCGAACUGCUGGCUAACGGCUUCCCUGGGACUAACUCGGGUAACACGAGCGACCUGUUCCCCAUGUCUCCUCGCACUCUCGACUCUCUGAUGCACAAUGAGGCUGAGGCCAACCCUGGACCUCUCGAAUCCCUCACUCUGGACAUGGACAUGAACACGGAUGUGGCCUCGCCCAUGUGAGAGACGGGCUCAUGCAGAUCAACCCGAGCCGCAUUUAGCCUUUCACUUCUAGCUGUUUCUGCCGUACGGAGAGGGAGAGAGGGCGGCGCGGACCUCCCGGUUUCUCUUUACACGUCGCUCUCAGAUAGGUGCUACUCUUUGCACUGUUAACUCUCUUCACUCGACCUUGUACUCGUCACAUGUUCCUCUGAACUCUCCUAACACUUUUAAACGUUUCCUAACUUGGAUUUGGUGGAUUGUUCAAGCGAAUCCUUAUUAACAAACCAUACUGAACGAUUUUGUUUUUUUGGACGGAGUAGUUACCAUCCAAAAAGAAAAAGAAAGAAAGCUCACGAGUUAGUGACAGCUUUGUAAGGAUUUUAUGUGCCAUUUUGUUGAUCUUGCAGAAUCAGAAAACCUGUAAUGUGUUUAUUUUUUAUUUUUGGUUUUUUUGUUUUGUUUUAGGAUCUCAACCUAUGGAUUUACCAUAUUAUAUUAUCCUUGUUUUUAAGACUUUUAGAAUUAUCUAAGAAAAUGUAUUAUGUUCACAUUGGCUUUGUGCAAUGAUGAUUAUUUUUUUUUCCUCUACGUAAGCUAACGCUGUAUAUGUGUCAUGAGAAAAGUGGCCGCUCGAGUGAAUUGUAUUAUAUUCUCUAUAUGUCUCUCUCUCUCUCUCUCGAUAUAUAUAUAUAUAAUAUAUCUCAAUCCUGUAUUCACCUUGCUUCACACAGUUUCAUGCCUGGUGUGUGUGUGUGUGUGUGUGUGUGUGUGUGUGUGAGAGACAAAUGGACACGGGUCCUAGCAGAAACUCGGUGUCCAGCUUACAGUGAGUAAAUGGUCUGCACUUAUAUAGCGCUUUUAUCCAAAGCGCUUUACACUGUUUUCAUUCACCCAUUCACACACACACACACACACCAAUGGUAACACAGCUGCCAUGCAAGGUGCUAACUUGCCAUUGGGAGCAACUUGGGAUUCAGUGUCUUGCCCAAGGACACUUCGUUAUGUGGAGUCAUGUGGGCCGACCCUACGAUUAGUGGACAACCUGCUCUACCACCUGAGCCACAGCCGCCCACUGAGUAAGAUCCGACCCAGCCUUAAUUCUCAUUUGUUCGGAUCUUUGUUACUCAGGGUGUUCCUCAUGAACCCAUGAUUGUUUUGGAGCUCAGUAUUUAUAGUGACUGUUAACGAAAACAUUUUCUUCUCUCCGUGUGGACUUAUUUAACCAGCAGAUCAAGGUGAUUGGGAGGCGGGAACACUCGAUUCCCGGUUACACCAUUUCCAUAGCCGUUAAAUGUCGUUCCUUUGACGUUAACCCCACAUCUUGUUUUCUGCAUGAUGAAACGCAAGUGUAAUUACACGCCUUUAGCAUUUACGCCAGAAAAGGCUUUUUUUUUUUGUUUGUUUGUUUUUUUAACAGUAAAAAGAUGAACAGAAUAGGAUAUAAUUAGACCUUAGCCCGAGUCCGAUCCAAGAUGAACACCUUUUACGUUUGCGGUGAAAUAUUUUUGCGCUCGUCAUCGAUGUCCUUGUUCGAACUUGCUUCAAAGCUUCUGUAUCAGUGUCUGGUUGAGUGCUGUAUAAUCACGACUUUAUUAUCGCCUUUAUUAUCCUUUUUAUGAGUUUAAAGAUGUUUAACUGUUAGCCUUCCUCACUCAUUUUGCCUGACAUUACCCAGUGCAUCACGCUGGUCAUUGUAGUUCCUGUGUUGUAAAUUUCCCUGCUUGUGAGCUCUCUGUACAGUGGCUGCAUACCUUUUUAAUUAAAAAAGAAAAAAUUAACAACCUA